UAUUCCGUGCGCAUACUCAGUGGGCAUUCUCGUUGCCCGUCGAUGCUGUUUAAAGCUUGACAUCGAAUCUUUGAACGCGCAUCUUGUCCGCGUUGCGCGAUUUCGUCGUUCGACUUACGUUCCGGCGUACCGAGGCAAAGCGUCGUGCGAAUUUUUGAAAGUGUUUAUCGCGACCGAUCGGUGGCGCAUGCGUAUGCAUCUACAUUCAUCGUGUCCUCGUAGUCGGUCGACGGUUGCAUGGCGUCCUGCGUAGUUUGUACGUGCGCUUGAAAACGACGGAGCCGUUUCGUCCCGUCCGUGCACAAGAUACCGGCGCCCUCAUUUGUACGGCGAAGUCGACGUCGCGAGUAGUCGGUCGCGACGAGAGUAAGGAAGGGCGACUAUUAAUAUUAGAGUUGAGAAGGAGAAAAUUAACAAGCGCUAGAGUAGCGAAAGAGUGAGAGAGAGAGAGAGUGUGUGAGAGAGGGUGAAAGAGAGAGAGAGGGAGUGGACGAGCGAGAGAAGCAAGAUAUAGACAUAUUUCUUGCUGUUAAGUGGGGGAUCUCAGGCGGGCUUGUUGCGUUUAUACAAAGUAAGAUCGGAUAAGAAAAAGGGCGUGGAGUUUAACCGGGCGCGACUGUAGGCACGUCGCUAAUCGCUUUCGUGGCCAUGGGUAAGACGCCAAAGAAGGCGGCCCCUGGGGGCGAUGAGAGGAAUUUGUACGUUCGGAGGCUUAAGGCAACGACCGCGCCGUCGAGAGCUUCUGAAUCUAGCUUGCCCGAGAAACAGCGCGAGUUCGAGAGUUUGAACAGGCCAAAACAAAGUGGAAUACAGAAAAAAAUCCCAACUGGAGCAGGAAAGAGUUUAAAGAGUAAACUUCGUACUCCAGCAAAACUUGGACUGAAUCAAGCCACAAAACAAUUAAAAGUUUCAAUGAAAAAUCCGGAAGCAAAAACUACAAACAUGCAGUUGGGACCGGAAGAAGAAAAAGCCAAAUUACAUGCCAAGGAAGAGAGUAGUAGCAACAAAGCUGCUGAAACGACAGAACAAUCUGCUGUUGAUAAAGAACACGUUUCUGAACAAACAUCAAAAGAACGUCAAGUUUCUACAAAAAUUCCAGAAGUGGAGAGCAGAACUAUUUCGCAAGAAAAAGAGGAAGUCUCAGAAAAUAUUAACAAUGAAAUCAAAGAAGUGGACGAGCAAGAAGAUAACGACAUAAAAUUAACAUUUGAAAUUGAACAAAGUUCUGCAAGAAAUGGAGGCGAAGAAUUGGACGACAAACGGUUAAAGGAUGAUGCCAAGGGAAAAGAAUUACCUGCGGUGCAAGACGAACUGAAGAAUGGUACAAAUGAAAAAGAAGAGAUACAAAGCGAAACACCACAAACAGACAGCGAAAGCUACUCGGUGGACAUUGUUGAGUCUACAACAUGUGAGGUAUCCGAAACAUCGGAAUCCGUUAGUCAGAGCGACACGCAGAAGGAUAAAGAGAAGAUCGAUGACAAUUUAAACAAUGAUGCUUCAUUCGUUUCUUAUGAUUCAUCUAUAAUGCUAAAAGAUGUACAAAUCAGACUUAACGAUUGUCUGAAAGACAAUUCAAAGCUCUUUGAUGAGAAUGCGGAAGUUACACCGAAUCAUCUGAAAGACAUGUCAUUUGGAAAGACGCUGAGAAACAUCUCCGGAAGACAUUCGAUCGGCAGAAUGCGCCAUAUUACUUUGCGCGACAGAAGGAUAUCACCGAAUAGUUCUCUCUUCGUGAACACAUCGACCGCAUCGAUACCACAUGAUGAAGGGACGGGAUCUAAGGUAUUACAUUACAAUAGUGAUUUACUAUCUGAUAGUUUCCCUACAAAUGGUAGUCCACUGGAUAGGAAGCGUAAGAUAGAAACAGAAAAUCUUGGUUCGGUGAAGAAGCAGAAAACUGAAGGAGAGAGCAGUUUGUUAAGUACAUCCAUAGGACUUUUGAGAGGCUUUCGUAACAUACAGGUAUCCACACCGAAAGUUACAACUUAUAAGUUCGAAUCUAAGUUAGACAUUAGCGGAAUAAAGGAUGAUGACAAUAAAAUAACGGCUGAAACAACUGAGAGUACAAAGAAAUGGUGUGUCAUCAUGUAAAACGUCGUGAAAAUCAUGUGUCAUUAUAUAGACAGAGAAAAUGAUUCUUAUAUUUUCGAAAAGUGUGAAAUGUUACAUAAUUUUAAACAUUAAUGCAACAGUCAUAUUACCUUUUAACAAUUAAUCGUUUUUUUUUAAUCACUAUUGAAGUAACUUGAAUCCUUGUUUCUCUUUAUGUUCCUAAAAUUCGCUCGAACAAAUAUAUUUUUCCUACAACUUUUGAAGAUUUCUUGUCAAAGGAAUACCAGAAUAUAAUGUAUAUUUUCAAUGAUUAGUAAAUUAGUAUUUCAAUACUACUUCCCACCGCGUAGACUAUUAAAACUAGUGGCUUAUUUUUUUAUUGUCACACAGAAAUUUUGAGGAACGAAAUCUAGAAGGAUGAAGUAAAAUAUAAUAACAAAAGAGUACAAUUUUAUUAAUUUUUGACAUGACUAUUUUAUAAGCAAAACUUGAUGCUAUAAAAUGAUGACAAAAUAAUUAAGCUUAUACAUAAAAAUGUAAUGUGUAUUUAAAUUUCAGUGCUUGUCUUUGUUUUGUAUCCCGUACAAUUUUUAUUUAUCUUUAAUCAACACAAACAAAUUAGAUAUAGAGACACAUGAUAAAUAUACAAAUGAAUAAGCUUUUUAUUCUUAUUAUUAUAAAAAGAAAUAGUUCUAUAACGCAAUGAUAU